AUGGCUCCCCACAACGACAUAGAAGCCUUCCAUGAGGUCCUCCUUUCCAGCCGCCUCAUUCUGGCCCUCUGCGGCGCCGGCCUGAGUGCAUCAUCCGGUCUCCCAACUUUUCGCGGAGCCGGAGGUCUCUGGAGGAUGCACUCGCCCACGAAGCUAGCCACGAUGAGGGCCUUUAAGACGGAUCCAGGUCUGGUAUGGUUAUUCUACGGUUAUCGACGACACUUGGCCUUGAAAGCCAACCCGAAUCCUGGCCACCAGGCUCUGGCAGCCCUGGCCAGGAAGAACGCGGAUUUCUUGUGUUUGACCCAAAACGUUGAUAACCUGUCUCAACGAGCAAAUCAUCCGACUGAGCAACUCUGCGCGCUGCACGGCUCUUUGUUCGACGUCAAAUGCACGACUGAAGGCUGCGGUUGGGUUCAGCGAAACAACUUUGACGACCCCUUUUGCCCAUCGUUGAAAGCCGGCUCGGAGGAUCCCCCCCCUGGAGAGUCACUUCCUCUCCUGGAUCCGUACCACCGAAUCAAGCACGUGCCUGAGGAGGAACUGCCCAAAUGCCCCAAGUGCCAGACGGGAAUUCAACGGCCUGGUGUGGUUUGGUUUGGCGAGGAGCUCGAUGAGAAUAUGAUGGAACAUAUCAAUGGAUGGAUUACAAAAGAUAAGAUCGACUUGAUGCUCGUAAUAGGCACAUCGGCACAAGUGUAUCCUGCGGCCGGAUACAUCUCAAGAGCAAGAUUGCACGGGGCUCGGGUCUGUACCGUCAACCCUGAUGCGGAGCAGGAGACUGAGCUGUACAAGAUACAGGAAGGAGAUUUCGCUUUCGGACAAGAUGCGGCAGAGGCGCUCCCCCGACUGCUCGAGCCAGUCAUUGGAACUUUGCAACAGAAUGGAGAAUUCAGAAAAUGA